UUAGCAACGCCUUAGCGACGCUAAGGUCCCCGGUGAAGCUGCCGCUGCCAUGGCAGAAACGGCACCUCCUUUGACUCCGGCCCCGACCCCGACCCCGACCCCCACCCCGACGCAGUUGGUCCGGCAGGCCAGCGCUCCCAGCCCCGCCCGGGCCUACCACCUGCGCCCGGCCUUCCACCACAGGUUCCGUUCUUCCAUGGUGAAAGAUUGCAUCCGUGAAGUCUUGAAGGAGGAGUUGGCCAACGUGCAGUACAACCCAGAGGAGAUCGGAGCCCAAACCAAAGUCUUAUCUGAACUGAUCCGGGACCGGCUGAAAGAUAAAGGAUUUCACCGAUAUAAAAUAGUGGUGCAAGUCGUGAUCGGAGAACAGAGAGGCGAGGGAGUGAACAUGGCUGCCCGUUGUUUUUGGGAUGCUGAUAGCGAUAACUACGCUCAGGAUGUUUUCAUCAAUGAGAGCCUCUUCUGCGUCGCUGUUGCCUUCGGCUGUUUCUUCUACUAAAGCCGGCUGCAAGUUUUAAGAAGGACGGCGUUUAUCUUGAAGAUCCUGAAGGAGCAGGACUGCAGACUGCUUUUCCUUUCCUCCCUCUGCACCUGCAUGCUCAUGUGUGUGUAUAUAUAUAUAUAUAUAUAUAUGUGGGUAUGUAUAGUUCGCUGUGUGAAAUAUAGCUUCCAAAUGACAUUUUUAAACUACCCCAGGCUCCUGCUAUUGCUGUGGUGUACAUAAACAGAACUCCAGCACAAUUCCCCUGGAAAUGGAGAAACGCCACUGUUCAGCUUCCGGUGGGUUGUAUAAGCAAUUUCUCUGUUGUAUUGCUCCCUGUGCUUGGUGACAUCUGCACAAGCUACCAAAUGCAGCCAUUAAUAUUUAUUUUUUAAUAAUACUUUAGUGGUUUUUUUUUUCUUUUUUACAUAUCUCCAUUACUUAAUAAACAGUGCUGUGACAUUUUGUAUACGUUCACAUCGCCUCUCCGAUGCAAUCUGUACAUAUUCUUUCUAUGCCAUCUACAUCUAUUAUAGGCAUGAUGUACAUUUUCUUUUCUUGUUUCUAUUGUCGAUCCACUGAUACCAAUCUUCCCCUAUUGCAUAAUGUUCUAAUUCCAUGGUUAGUUUAUCCAUUUCGGCGCACUCAUAAAUUUUUUUUAAAUUACUAGACCUUCAGGUGGUGUGGUGUCUUUUCUUCCAAUACUGCGCAAAGGAAAUUCUUGGCUGCUGUUAAUACAUGUAACGACAGAUACUUUACCUUUCUAUUGUAAUUUCUUUUUAUUUCUUUUUAUUAUCCUUAAAAGAAAAUAAUUCCAUGACAAAAUCAGUUUUGCUUCCAAUUAACUCCUCAUGGUUCGCCGGCAGCAGGUGCGGACAGCUGAGGUCUCGGAGAGCGAGGACUCAGAUGAGGGGCCUGCGUGGGAUGCAGGGAUGGGGCCAGGACCCUCAGGGAGUGGAGCCUUCGGAGAUUGUGGAGGCUGGCAGCAGUGAGGAAGAGGCCCCCGAGGAGCCUGUGCCCAGUACAGUUGUUAACAAAAGUUACCCUUGUCCUUGCAAAUCCAUUGCACAUGUCUCAAUAUAUAUAUUUUUUCACACAGGACCCCAAGCCAAAGCCCAUCAAUGUGGAAACACACUGUUUUGCCACAGGCAUCUAAAUUAUCAUUGGAAUCAGGGUUGUUCCCUCUUCCAUAAAUUUUGCUUAAAAAGUUUUUAUUUUUAUUUUCAAUCUAUUGUAGAAAAUAUUCUUUCUCCUCGGAGAGUGCAUU